UCGCUCCGCUAGGUUUUAGCAGACCUACAGAAAGUGAAUGAAGAAGUUUGGGCAAUUGGAAAUUCAUCGGAGCUUUGAUCGUUACUUAGAAGGGAAACAUCAAUGAGACAAUGCAUUCAAGAUCUUCUUCUUCGCCUUCGUUUUCCUAUUCCCAUUCUCUUAUUCACCGCCUUCGCUCGUUAGCCUCUCCGACGCUCCCUUUUUUUCACCUUCUUUUUUCUGUAUACAUACCUCCAUGUCCAGACUUUUGACAUUUGCAAAUAUUAGGAAAGCUGCAGCAUCUGCCACUUCAAACCCAACUAGGAGCCAUUCAGAAUUUAGCAAGUAUGGAACAGUCGUUGCUAUGGGGCUGCGAUUACCUCAGUAUAGAGUAUACUCCCAUUUUAGGUUCAACAUUGGAGGACUGGCUCCAUUGUUUUUGCAUAAUGCCAAGGAAGAGAUAUCUCGAGGUUCUUUUUCUAGGUACUGUUUGUUCCUUUCUGCAAGUAAUGCUGUGACUCAUAAUGCCCAAGUUGCUUGGAAAAAGCUCAGGCGAAAAUGUUCUUCUGGUUGUCAUACGCUCCCCUGCAUGAGCAGGAUUGCUCAAGCAGUCAGCUUGGCUUUGUUUCGCUCACAUUUGAUAGUUCCUGGUAUUUUUGGAUUGGGAUGCGGACAAUUGGCAUUGGCACUGGCACAGAGGAAGGUAGUAGAGACAGAUUAUUUCCCAUCACCGAAUUCUUUGUAUAUGCGUGCACAGGAUGGGCAUGCGUUUGUUUCAUCUAUACUACUUUCAGUGAUGGAAGUUGUUAUCUUGUUAGUGAGGGCUCUGUAUCUUGGUGUUUUGUUCUCUCCGAGCAUAAUAAUGGCACCAUUUGCCAACUCUUGUGGCCUCCAGUUCAGGAAAAUGUGGCUUGAGGUUGUGCAUCGCACACUUGAAACAGCAGGUCCAGCAUUCAUAAAAUGGGGUCAAUGGGCAGCAACACGACCUGAUCUCUUCCCUAAAGAUCUAUGCACCAAGCUUUCAGAGCUUCACAGCAAAGCUCCUGAACACAGCUUUGCCUACACAAAGAAAACUAUUGAGAGAGCAUUUGGACGCAAGCUUUCUGAAAUUUUUGAAGGCUUUGAAGAAGAACCUGUGGCUUCUGGAAGUAUAGCUCAGAUACACCGGGCUUUUUUGAGGUUCCGCUAUCCUGGUAAACGGGUCAAGCCCAUGUUAGUUGCGGUAAAGGUUAGACAUCCUGGUGUUGGUGAAUCAAUUAGGAGAGAUUUUAUUAUUAUCAACUCUGUGGCAAAAUUAUCAAAGUUCAUUCCAACUCUUAACUGGUUGAGAUUGGAUGAAAGCGUCCAGCAGUUUGCUGUUUUCAUGAUGUCUCAAGUUGAUCUUGCCAGGGAAGCGGCCAAUUUGAACCGUUUUAUAUAUAAUUUCCGAAGCUGGAAAGAUGUCUCUUUUCCUAAGCCAGUGUAUCCACUUGUGCACCCUGCUGUUUUAGUGGAAACAUAUGAACAAGGGGAAAGCGUUGCACACUAUGUCGAUGGAUUUGAAGGACCUGAAAGGAUUAAGACCAAGCUUGCUCAUAUUGGAACUCAUGCACUUUUAAAGAUGCUUUUGGUGGACAACUUUAUUCAUGCUGACAUGCAUCCUGGAAAUAUCCUUGUUCGAGUGUCUCAGCGCAAGUCUUCUCGAAAACAACUCUUUAAAUCAAAGCCUCAUGUCAUUUUCCUUGAUGUAGGCAUGACUGCUGAACUUUCUAAGAGUGAUCGUUUAAAUUUAUUGGAAUUUUUUAAGGCUGUUGCCCGAAGAGAUGGCCUGACCGCUGCUGAGAGUACACUUAGAUUAUCACAUCGACAAAACUGCCCAAACCCAAAGGCUUUUAUUGAGGAAGUAGAUGAAGCAUUCACUUUUUGGGGUACUCCAGAGGGUGAUCUAGUCCAUCCGGCCGAAUGCAUGGAACAACUGCUUGAGAAAGCAAGGCGUCAUAAAGUCAAUAUUGAUGGCAACGUAUGCACUGUGUUGGUCACAAUGUUGGUUCUUGAGGGUUGGCAAAGGAAACUUGAUCCCGAAUAUAACGUGAUGCAAACGCUACAAACAUUGCUACUCAAAGCAGACUGGGCAAAAUCUCUUUCCUACACCAUUGAUGGCCUGAUGGCUCCAUGAAACAUGCAUGACGCCUCGCUCUCGAGAUGGUAAGGUUCACGUUUUGCUGUUUCUAGGAAACAAUUUUUGAUAGAGCCAAGACACUAGAAUAUAUACCAGUGUGGAAAAGCAUAUCAUCAUUUCAUCUUGAAAAUUUUGAGCUAAUCUGAAGUUUCAUUCCUUUAGUGUAAUUACUUGCUACUUUCAACAAUGACUCACAAAACAAAAACAGGGGAAAAGAGGAAAUAAAGUGAAAAAAAAAAACUAUUCUUUUCCU